CCAGGGGCAGGGAUGGCCCCGGAAGCAGCCGAGGGCCAGCGUCCGGCUCUGGCCGCACUGUUGCUUUGCCCGCCCGGACGCCUGCGUGGAUGGUGAAGGGAGUGUGAUAAGCAUCCCCCAGGAGUGUGCUAGGGGGGACUGGCCCAGGUGGUGACGGCAGGGUCAGGCUUGGACGUGAGCAGGAGCCCCUCUGCUGAGAAGAGGUCCGCUGAUGCCAGCCACCAAGUCAUCUAGGACAUGAGUCAGCCGCCCAGGCCUGCAGGCUCUGGGUGCUCCCCUCGUGGUGGCACCCACCCUGCCUGUGACCAGAGUGACCAGGCGGGGCGGGAGUGGCCAUGUGUUGCCUGCAGCAACCACCACCUACUUCCAUCAGGGACACGGGGGUCAGCCCCACAAAGGGCCGAGGGAGUCCCAAGCUGUGCUGCGCAGGGUGUCUUGGAUGUUCGCGUGGCAGAGCGCUGGGGUAGCCCACGCGGUGCCGGGGGCAGCAGAAGCCGUCAGCCAGCCACCGCUGGCUCUGGAACCUCCCCUCCCUUUUCUGCUCGAAGCCUGAGUCCGUCCGUCCUCCCCCCGUGCCCCCGCUUCUCCAUGCCUGCCUGCCCUAGCAGGGAGCACUGGGCUAGGGCUGCCCCCAGGGCGGCCCCCCUUCUGUCCUCCUGCAGCUGCAGGCCAUUCUCUGCCCACUCAGAGGCGGUGUCCAAGUGCAGGUGGAAGGCAUGCUGUUGGCUCUCAUCUGUGCCUGGAGCCAGGCAUGCCUGGGGGCUCCUUGCCCAGGGUUGGAGGGGCAGGCCUAUCUGGGCAGCUGUGGUUCCCCCUGCACUUGGGCCCAAGCCCCUAGCCCUGGGAGGGCCAUGAGGCCCAGUUUGGGCGGGGAGGAUGGGUAGAGAUAGUGCGAGCCAAGUUGAGGGGCUUCCUGUGUUUAUCGGGAGCUAGCACAGGGCACCUGUGCCUGGGGUCCUGGCUCUCAGCCAAGAGACCCUCCUCACCUCUCCUCCCAGGCAACAGCCCUGACAAGGUGACUGUCCAGCACCUUCUGGAGGCGGAGCUGGAGACCUUCCACUGCACCUUCUCACCAGGCAGCUUCAUUCUGCCCCGGCUUGCUGCAGGGGGUGGGCGCUUACCUGAGCCACAGCCAGGAUAUAGCAGGCCCAUCCUGCUGCAGGGUGAUGAGGGUGAUGAGGGUGCGGCCAGCAGGGCAGUCGGGGGCCAGGUGGAGUGGGGUGGAGAGCAGCCAGGAUGACAGAUGGCUCUGGGCACAUCGCCACCUGGGAGCCGUCUCCCAGGAUGGAAUGGGCCUGGUGGCAGCGAGGCACAACAAAAACAUUUCACAAGGCCGUCCCCCCCGUCACCCUCACUGGGGCGUCUGACGAGGUGACCGAGGGCACUGUUCCUUCUCCAGAGGCCAGCCUGGAAAGGCCAUUGUUGGCAGAUGCUGUGGGGCACACAGCCUGCGUGGUGUGGGGGCACGGCGGCACAGCGUCGGCUUGACGCCCUGGACGCAGGCCCCCCGGGCCUCCCUCCCACAGAGGUCCUCUGGGGAGGAGCAGGUGGUCCGAGCAGUUGAAGCAGGCAGGGAUGGUGCCCAGCUCCAGUGAGUAGCCCGGUCCCCUCCACACGUGCGCAGGGCACACAGGUGACCCCAGGUUCCCAGCUGGUGGGUGCUGCCCCAGGGGCACAAAACCACCCUUCCCUUCUCACAAAGACGCAGUCCUGGGGCCGUCCAGAAAGCCAGGACAGCCAGUGCCGGGCUGCAGACGCGACAGCUGUCGGCAGCAGGGAAAGGGGCGUGUGCUCUCCAAGGGCUUGACUGGAGCCCAGGCUGCCUCCUUGCAGGAGAGACUCCGCGCGCCAGGGCUCACUCCUGCCGAGCCGCGCUCCAGCAGUCAAUACCCAGCCACCCUCCUCAAGGCAUCCGGGGCCGCAGCCUUCCUCUGCACACUUGUGUGGAGGGGGGCCUGGAGGUGGGCACUGGCCCCAUGCCCUGGCCAUGCAAGGGCAGCCAGGACAGCCCUGCCAUCCCCGCUGGGGCCUCAUCCACAUGCUCACCCACCUGGCUGAGGCCCUGCACCAGGCCCGGCUGCUGGCCAUCCUGGUCAUCCCACCGGCUGUCACCCCUGGGACCGACCAGCUGGGCAUGUUCACACACAAGGAGUUUGAGCAGCUGGCCCCCGUGCUGGACGGCCUCAGCCUCAUGACCUACGACUACCCCACAGCACAGCAGCCUGGCCCCAAUGCACCAUUGUCCUGGGUUCGAGCCUGCGUCCAGGUCCUGGACCCCAAGUCCAAGUGGCGCAGCAAGAUCCUCCUGGGCCUCAACCUCUACGGCAUGGACUAUGCAGCCUCCAGGGACGCACGUGAGCCUGUCAUCGGGGCCAGGUACAUCCAGAUGCUGAAGGACCACAGGCCCCGGAUCGUGUGGGACAGCCAGGCAGCAGAGCAUUUCUUCGAGUACAAGAAUCUGUGCAGGUGCGGCUGGAGCUGGCCCGGGAGCUGGGCGUCGGAGUGUCCAUGUGGGAGCUGGGCCAGGGCCUGGACUACUUCUACGACCUGCUCUAGGCCUGGCUGCGAGCGGAUGUGUGCUUUCCUGAGCGAUGGAGUGACCAGUUCACAUGUGAAAUACAGACUCUUCUCUGUUUCCAGUCCAGUUUCUGCUGCGGUCCUCGAGGUGGCUGAGGGGUCCUGGGAGCCAGGCCUCCUCACCAGUGAUGUGGGGUGGGGCCGUCCUGGCCAGGUUGCCCAGACGACGCAGGCCCCUCCCACCCAGCCCUCACUGCCACCAGGCCGGGUGGGGGCAGGACCGGGCUCUCUCCCCUCCCCUGUGGACCCCGGGGCUGUGCCGAGGGGCCUCGGCCUCUCCCUGCCCAUGCUGGCCCGGCCUGCCCAGCGAGGGGGUGGGGGCCGCUGUACGAAGCCCGACUCAGAGAAGCUGUUCCUGUCCCGCAAAGGAACCCUGCGAGCCCGUGGGUGCCAGUGGGCCGGGCGGUUGGGUUCUGCCCACAGGCGUAGCCAGGCUCCCGGGAUGAAACGUCAGGAGAGACCCUGGGACUGCCAGUAGCCAAAGACAGCUAGACCCCGCCCCCCAGGCCCUGGGCCAGAAGGGCUGCUGGCCCCUGCUCCCAGCCAUUGAGCUCCAUGGUCCUGCGGGCUGCGAGCAGCGGAGCCUCCUCGGUAAGCACGCCGGUCCGGGGCCUGGUGCUGUCCGCGGAGCCGGCCCCGACUCACUGCUCAGCUGCUGUGCGUGAGCCUGGGGCCCUGCCCAAAGCACUUGGGCUUCCACGCUGCAAGUCCUGGGGUGGAGGCCGUGCUCCCUGCUCUCCUGCUGUGGGACGUGAAGCAGGAAGGGCUCUGAGGGGCAGGGCCCGCCAGUGCCCUGUUGGAGUGGCCCCACGGAAGAACCCCGCUGUUGUGAGGGGGACAGGCCCUGCCAGCUACCCCCUCUCCCAAAGCCACAGACUUGCUCAUGGGGCUGGGGGGCAGGACGGCCUGCUGGCGUGGGUGAGGAGUCUGGGCCUGAACAGAAGGAGGGAGAGGGGGUGUGGGGGUGGAGCGGAGCCGUCGCAAGAAGUCCACGUGUGCAGCCACCGUGGACGCGUGUGUGCAUGCUCAGCACACGUGUGCACACGUGUUCGUGUGUAUGCCUGUCUGCUUGUGGGUUGGCACGUGGGGCCACAGCAUGGGGUUCGCCCGGCCCCACACCGGCCACCCUGGCAGUGGGCAGGAGCAGAGGGUGGAGCUGGAGGCACAGGCCGGCACGCCCCUUGUCCCAGCUUCAGAGGCCUGGGCAGGAAGGGAGCCAGGAGCCCUAGCACCAGGGCUGGGAUGCUGGGCUCUAGUGUGUCUGGAAGUCACAGUAUGGGUCAGUGUUAGAUGGGGAGCCGGGCAGGUGACAGACGCUGGGUGUGCAUGGGAAGGUGGGACCAGCAAAGGGGGUGGGGGCUGGGAGAGUGGUCCUGAGGUCUGACCCCCAGGGGCACCCACACUGAGAACGGUGAGCCUGGGAAGCAAGCAGAGGCAACAGGUGGGGGUCUGUACUGGAGGGCAGGGACCCUGGUGGACCGGGGCACAAAGGCCGCUCGAGGGCCAUGGGGGAGGUUGAGUCAGGGCUGGAGUCUGAGGGGUCACAUAGGAGGCUGUGGGCGGAAAGGGUCCCAGGUCUGCAAGCUGUUCCCAUGGGUCCAGCGAGAGCUUGCAUGUGGGGUACACAGGAGCAACCAGGCCUGGGGCAGGUCUGACUUUGGUCACAUGCUUGGAGAGAAACACGAAUGGGGGGCCCAGGUCCUCGCAGGCAGGCUCUGUGGACACUGGUAGGGGGUUACAUGGGACUGCUUUGCUGGGUGUGCGACCGUUCCUGCCGGUUUUCCAGUUUGCUGCUCGUAGGUGAGGAACAGUUUGGUCUGGGGGCGUUAAUCACGUGCCCUGAGAUCACUAAGGGCAGUGAUCUGGUAGUUUCCGUGGAGUGAGGACGGGAGGUGUCGGUGGGCUUGGGUGCACACUGGCAGUCUGGGUUGUGUCUGGGCCGUGGUCAGUGCUUGGCGGGGCAUCCCCAGGUGGGCCGGAGAGAGGGCAACACCUUGGGGCUGGCAGGAAGGAGGGCUGGAAACUGAGGUUGGGGGCUCGUGAGGCUCCUGGGAGGGGCCCAUCCUCCAGCCCGAAGCCCCAGACCCACGGCUUCCUCACCCCGUCAGCCCUAUCUCAGGAGACCCCGGUGCUUGCGCCCCAGAGGUAGCCGCUCCACUCCUGACAGCCCAUUUUAUCUGCAGAAUCCGUACAGAUGAACAGUUCGGGGGCCAAGUUCACGGGGGGCAGGCAACGCCCUGGGGCUGCAUGGAGGGCGUCGGAGGGCAGGGCCAUCCUGAGACGC